AUGGAUUUAUCAUCCCUCCCAAGAGAAAAAUGGUUGGGAGAUGAUUGUCUCAUCCAACUUGGAGGCUUUUGGUUUUUACCACAAACCGUGAAGCCAAUCAAAAGAGUGAUCAAUCAUUACAAUCCUCUUUCUAGUGAUGUUAUCUUGGUUACUUUCCCUAAAACAGGUACCACAUGGCUCAAAUCUCUCCUCUACUCCAUCCUCAAUCGAUCAUCCAAGCAUAAGUUGGUUGCCGAACACCCCCACGAACUCGUUCCAUUCUUGGAGUUACAAGUGUUUGCAGAGGCUGAUGAGCCGUUAGUUCUAGCUGCCCCCUCAAAUGAGCCACGAUUAUUUGCCACACACAUACCUUAUCAGCUCCUAACCAAAACCCUAGAGUCUAGUGAUUGUAAGGUUGUUUACUUGACGCGUAACCCCAAGGACACCCUCGUCUCUUUGUGGCAUUUUGUGAAUAAGUGGAACAUGGAGAAGCCAGAUCAAUCAUUGUCUCUCGAUGAGGCAUCGUACAAGUUUUGUCGUGGGGUUAGCCCAUUCGGGCCUUACUAUGACCAUGUGCUUGGGUAUAGAGAGUUGAGUCUUAAAAAGCCGGAGAACGUGAUGUUUGUGACUUACGAGGAGAUACUAGAAGAUCCUCAUGGCUAUGUCAAAAAGUUGGGUGAUUUCUUAGGAUGUCCAUUCGAAGAAGAAGGUGAAGUGGAUGAGAUUGUAAAGAAUUGUAGCAUCGAGGUGCUAAGUAGUCAUGAUGUCAACAAGUCUGAGAAAUCUCCAACAUGGUUUCCAUCUUCACCGUACAAUUCAUUCUUUAGAAAAGGAAAAAUUGGAGAUUAUAAAAACUAUCUUAGUGAUGAGUCUAUUCAACGUAUCGACACACUUACGAAAAAGCGAUUUCAUUCAGCAGGGUUCAUGUAUGGGAUUUAGCACCAUUCUGCUCUUGGUAUUUGCCAAUAUAUAUUGGAAGUUCAUACUUUCUGAAUAAAUAAUACUGCAGUAUGUUUUCAUUGUGAUUGUAUUCC